UUCACGUCGAUGCGCGGUAGUAAGCUAACAGAUAAAGCCAACAUAAAGUAAUAUAAACAACUCGGAUUGUACACAAAGGCGGCGUUGCACGGGGAAAUUUUAUUAUGCGGACGGAGUCCCUCCUGUUGGAUUAUUAUUCGUGCAAAAUAUGGCGUGGCCAAUACUGCAAUGACUUACGAAUUGGGUAACGCAUGCUAAGAAAAUUAGCAAUAGCCUGGUAAUUUGACGUUGCGUAAGGCCGCGGAUAAAUAACGUUAAGAGCUGCUUUUUAUUUUAGCCUUGUAGAGAAUGUAGGUUCCAUUAAGGACAGAAUAUUAACACAAUAUUGUUUUGUACGUGGUUGGUUUUUUAGAAUUUUUGUGUGCAUUCGUGCUCGUUUUGGUUGCGCUUGUGGGCUAUUUAGCUUGCUAGCUGUUUGGCUAGCUAACACUGGCUAGCAUGAGUCAAUUGACGGACUGCAAACAGUCCGCUGACUCUGCGUCGAGGAAACGGAGUCCAUCAUCCGAACGGGAUGAAGGGAACGCAGUUCCCAUCAAGUCCGCAAAAGUAAGUGACGCAUCAAGUGAAACCGGAGUUACUUCGAAAUGGAACCACAGCAGUGAAGUUGAAAGCAAAAAAACUGCUGGACGGGACAAGCACGCAGGCAACGUAGAAGAAACAGCUGCUGUACGAACAGAUAAGGAUUCAGAUGGCAUCUGUGCACAGCCUGUCAAUAAGUCCUCUGCUGACGGUCACCUUGCUAGCAGCACGGAGAAGCCACAAUCUUCAGAUGCACCGCGAUCUACGGACACAACGGAAGCUGAAGAGAGGACAGGUAGAAUCGACCGGCGUCCAAAAACCCCUUUGGACCAGUCUGACUCUGCAGCCAUAGCGGCUGCUGAAGCACUCGCCAGUCUCACAGGGGGAGAUGGGGAAGACAGUCAGGAGAUUCCAUGCUCAUCUGAAAAGGCCAAACCUGUGAAACAGGGGAGCAAAAUCAAACAGCGUGGAGGCAACCAGUCCUCAAGAGUAGGCACUAAGACUCAAGCAGCUGCAGCAGACAGCUCCACAUCUGUGCAUAGUACUGACAGAGAAGAUGCAGAUGAGGUGCCUGAAGCAGAUGAGGGUGAUGAAUCCAUAUCUGGGUCGUCGUCAACGCCAAGUUCGUCCUUUCCAUCAGACAACGAGGACAAUGAUGAUGGAGAGUGUGCCAUUGUGUCCGUUAAGAUGGCUCCUGAGAUGAGACAGUCAGUCGCUCUCCUAGCGCAGGUACAGAUGAGGCUUGAAGCACUUGAGAAGAAAAGUGCUCGACUCCACCAACGAUUGGACAUGAAGAUUAGUCAUCAACGACGACCACAUCUGGAUCAGCGUAGCUCCAUUACAAAAACAAUUCCUGGCUUCUGGGUGACCGCUCUGUUGAAUCAUCCUCAUCUCUCAGCUCACAUUGAUGAGACAGAUGAAGAUGCUCUUAGCUACAUGACUGAUCUUGAGAUUGAGACUUUCAAGAACAACAAACUGGGCUACAGGAUCCGCUUUCACUUCAGGAGGAAUCCAUAUUUCCAGAACAACAUCAUCAUGAAGGAGCUGCACCUUGGGAUGGGAGGAUCUCCAAUGUCCUUCUCAAACCCCAUCCUGUGGCAUCGUGGUCAGAACCUGGCAGCACACAGCGAACCCAGGAAGUCAUCGCGAGGGGUGUACCAGAGCUUUUUUAGCUGGUUCAGUGACCACAGCAACCCAGGACAAGAUGAUGUAGCAAAGAUACUGAAGGAUGACCUUUACAGAGAUCCACUGAGAUAUUACCUCACUCCACUCUGGGAGCCCAGAGAGAACGGGAGUAGCAGCGGUGGGGCCAAGGCAGCUGACAAUGGUAAUGGAGAUGAAUGUGUGGUAAUAUCCGACUCAGACGAUGAACCCGUUGGGGAGGCUGGUGAGGCUGAACCAGGCCACAGCAAGAAGAAAGAAGUGGACAAUGAACAAGAGGAGGAGGAGGAGGAAGAUGAGGAGGAGGAAGAAGAAGAAGAAGAGGAGGAGGACAGAGGGGCAAGUGCAGAUGAGAGCCCAGAGGAGGAGGAGGAUGGUGGAGAAAUUGUGAUUGACGGCUCCGAUGACAGCGACCAGGAGGAGGAGGAGCAGGAGGAGGGGACCUAAAAAAGAAGAGACAAGGAGAAGGAGGUGUAUGCUGAAGAGGACGUGUCAUCAAAGGACUGGAGGCCAGGAACAUGAAGAAGAUGCUAAGGUUGAGUACCAGAAAAAACAUGGAAUCCUUCUCACUGAUGUUAGUCAUUCUUAUGCACAAAAUCUAAGUCUUUUUUUUUUUUAAUCUAAAAAUCCUUUUGAAUCAAUUCAGGGUAGAGAGUAAUAAUAAAGCCAAGGCAGCAUGUUUACCCUCUGUUUUAUACACUCAGAACAACAUUAUGAUAGAAGCCCAACUCACCUUUUGCUAAAUGUCUUGUCUCCAUACAUGUAGUGUUCUUCUAAUGAAAGCACUGCAUCAAUGAGCCUACAGACGCGUAGGUUACUUCUGAAUUACCGCUGCUUGCUGGCAUUAAAUUUUGCCUAAUAAAUAAAAUCUCAGACGAAUGAUGCUGAAACCCUCAGAGGCAUUAUUAGUGAUCAUUUCAAACCAGUUGACGUGAAAAGACACGUGUUAAAAUUAAAAUAAUGAACCAAAAUUUGUUCUCAGGGAUGAUCAUGUUGGUAAUUUUAUUGGAAGAUCAUUUUACACUCUGGUUAGUGUCGGCUGUGUAUAAAUAAACGUGUAAUCUACUGUAGUAAACAGGAACGACUAGUUUUUGUUGUUUUGGUAAAUGCGACCUGUAUUUUCCAUCCGCUUCUGUACGUCCAGUGUUGUUGGACACCAACCGUUCACCCCUGUGACCACUUCUGCUCUUUAAAAUCAUUGUGUAGAUUAAACCAAUGUUUCUGUGGCUUCCUACAUCUUUGUAACUCCUGGAACAAGACAUAGUAACUUCAUCCAGUUUCCUUUUGUUCUACUAUUACACAAUGAUUACAUUUCAAGCUUAGUUCUUUUGAAAAAGAAAGUAUUUAUUACAUUGUUUUUCUAUACACGUCCACGUCAUGGCAUGCCCGUGAGCAUGAACUGUGAGACAAGAUUACAUUACUUACAAAACCAUGUGCAGGAAAUAAUUUUCAGUGCACCAUGUUAGUAGAUGUCGUUCAGGAGGUGCACUGUAACAAAUUAAUAUUUGCUUACUUUUCUUGGCAAUGAACCUGUAAAUAAUAUUUCAGUGCUGUCUUUUGAAUAAGAUAGUAGAUAUGUUUAAUCCAUGGAUAAAUUUAUCAAAUAAUCUGGAGUUUUUUCAUAAAUACGACGAGAAAGUUAUAUUUUAUGUGCUGUGUUUUAUAGGACACUGUAGUUUAAGGAAACCCCCGUUUGUUGCUUUGGUUAAUUUCUCUGCUUAAAGUUUAAUGUCCACCUUUUGACUCAGACAUAAUAAAAUAGGAAGUUGUUUCA